AAUAUUAACAGUGCUCUCUUCCCCUGUGCACUUCUGCUUCAGCCAGCUGCAGCAGAUCGAGAAACCUCCCCUUCAAGCUCUCCAACACGCAAAGCACACACAACCGGGAAGUGGUUAGCAGAGUCGAGCAGAAGACAGCCGACGCCCAGUUGCGUGCGAGCGGGGGAAAUGUGGUUGCCUUUUGCCAGUGAGAUGCAGCAGAGCGGUGGUUUUCUCACCCCUGUCUUGCUAAACGUGAUGGUUGGCUUGGUCGUCGAGCAGAAAUGGAAGCCGCGGCAAAAGCUUGUUUGCUGAGGACACUGGAAAAGCUGAGAGAGAUUGAAUUCAGGUUGCUCAAGGACCAGCUGGAUGUCGUCUGCCGGAGGGAAAGCUCUGAGCGCACCCCCUGGGAGGAAUUCCGAAAUGCAACUCGCAAGGAGCUCGCUCAUCACCUCAUCUCUUGUUAUGGGGUGGACCGUGGGGUGGAGGUCGCCGUGGAGGCACUUAAGAUGAUCACGCUGGACACCCUGGCGAAGGACCUCGUGGACUCUCAGAGAGCUGAAAAGCACUUUGUGGAGCAAAACCAGGAUGAACUGAUACAACGUGUUUCCAAAGUACCCGAGGUCUUGAACAGACUGGUUGGUGUUGUAUUGGACGAUGGCCAAUAUGAAGAUAUCAUGUCUGAGCCCACAGAUGCCUUGCGAAUGCAGAAGCUGUAUGAGUUGGUGCCGAGCUGGAACAAACUCUGCAAAGAUGGUCUCUACCGGGCCCUGGAGGAGACAAAUGGACUCCUUAUUGCAGAACUGAAUGGGGGACACUUUGUGGAGAGACAUAAGACCGAGCUGAUCCACCGUGUCUCUGGGGUGGACAACAUCCUGCAGCAGCUCCUCCAUUCUGUUUUAAAUCCUGAACAAUAUGAGGCCAUCAAGGCUGAGAGCACAGAAGGGCAGAAGAUGAAGAAGCUGUGUGAGCUCUUGCCAAGCUGGGACAGACAGAGCAAGGAUCAGUUCUAUGAGGCCCUGAAGAUGACAAACAGAAGCCUUAUUUUGGAGCUGGAGGAACAUCUGGUUGAAAAGCACAAGGAAGAGUUGAUCCGCCGAGUUUCUAAGGUGCAGCAUGUCAUGGGUGCAUUGAAGUCUCAGUUGGAUCCUUAUCAGUAUGAGCGAAUCAUGGCUGCAGGCACAGACAGGCAGAAAAUGAAGUUGUUGUAUGAACUGGUGCCUAGCUGGGACAGAGAGAACAAGGACCGGCUGCUCCAGAUAAUUAUGGAAACAAAUGCAGAACUCCUCAGAGAGAUUGGAGGACGGCAUUUUGUGGAACGGCACCAACAAGAGCUGAUUCGGCAAGUCUCUGGGAUAGAUGUUGUAUUGUUCCAGCUACUUGGCUUUGCCCUGAAUCAUGAUGAAUAUUGCCACAUUAUGGCUGAGGAAACGGACGCAAGGAAGACAAAGAAGCUGCUUGAGCUGGCUCUGAGCUGGAACAGAAGAAAGAAGGACUGGCUUUAUCGGGAACUUAUUCGAACAAAUGGGCCUCUAAUUGCAGCCCUUGAGGGUGCAAGUGAACAAGGAGAACCUGUGGCCUCUGCUAGUGAUGAGGAACAUUUCAUUGAAAAGCACCAGGAAGAGCUUAUUCGACGUGUUGUUGGAGUGGAUAUUAUUUUCGUUCACCUGCAGUGGAAUAAUAUAAUAACUCGUGAACAAAUAAGGGAAAUGAAAGGUCCCAAUCAGCAGCAAAUGCGUAAACUGUAUGAACUGGUGCCAAGCUGGAUAACUAUAGACAAAGAUGAGAUGAAGCGUAUCUUAAUGAAAACAAACAGACGGCUUAUUGAGCAGCUUGCAGAGGGACAUUUUCUGGAUAGGCAUCGGGAGGAGCUGACUGAGAACUUGAAAGACAUCCCCUUGAGGAAGCUUCAUGGUCUUCUGCUAGAUGAGAAGCAAUAUCAAACUCUGGUGAACUGUACCACUGAGAAGAUGAAAAUGCAAGGCCUGUUCCAGAUAGAACACACGUGGAAGAGGCCGCAAAAAGACCAACUCUAUCGAGUGCUGGCAGAAACAAAUAGAGACGUCAUUGAAAUGCUUGAGGAGGAACAUUUCAUCGAAACGCACCAAGUGGAACUGAUUCAUCGAGUUUCCAGUGCCGAUGCCGUAUUGCGCCGGCUCCGAGAUCGAUGUUCUGUAAUAUUGACGGGCUCUGACCAGCAGAAAAUGGAACAGCUGUAUGAAUUGGUGCCGGGAUGGGACAGGAAAAGGAAGGACCACCUCCACACAGUGCUGAAGAAAACACACGGACCCCUUAUUGCAGAACUUGAGGAGGGACACUUUGUUGAGAGGCACAAGAAAGAAUUAACCCAGAGAGGCACUGGGGCCAAGAAGGUUGGAAAACAACUACUACAAGUCACAAUCUGCCAUCGUUUGUAUGUGGAGAUCUUAAGUAAGCCCACGGACAAGGAAAAAAUGGAGACUCUCUACAAUGUGGUGCCAGGGUGGAACGGGGAGUGGAAAGACCGUCUCUACCAGGCACUGAGGGAAACAAACGAACACCUGAUCAAAGAGCUUGAGGGAAGGAAAAGCAGCAAAGAAGGCAUGAUACCUGAUCCCCUUGCAGAGAAUAAAUGCUACUUGUGUGAGAAAGAGGAGGAUUUUCCAGAAGUACAACCAGAUGUUGUUCCAGAUGUUAGUGGAAAGCAGAAGAUGUACAGCAUCCACCUCCCCAAGGCAGGCAACGUCCGUUGCUCAGUAACCAAAUUCAAGUUUGAGAUGAGGACAGCAGGGACUGUCAAAUACACAUAUUGCCCCUGGAAUGAGCACCUGAACAAGGUCGAGAUGCAGGACUGGAUGAUGGCUGGCCCAUUGUUUGACAUCCAGGCAGAUGCUGCAGGAGAGGUGGCCGCUGUUCACCUCCCUCUCAUUAUGUGUCUCAAAGAGGCAAAGGUAGACAUGUCUCAGAUGAAAAUUGCUCAUUUUAUUGAUGGAGUAAUGAUCCUGGAGACACCAUCGCGGGUGAGCCCGUUUCAUGUUGUGUUGGAGAAUCCAAAAUUCUCUCUGCUGGGCGCGAUAUAUAAAUGCAUCUGCAAUCUAUUUAAUUUCAUCCCUAUCCAUUCUGUGGUGCAGCUUUAUCAGAGGAAUAGACCCACAAUCCUUCACCUCUAUGUGAUUCCCAACGACUCUUACUAUAUACAGGCAGUUAAAGAUGAGGAGGAGAAGUACCAUUCCUUACCUGUGCAGAAACACCCUCAGACAGACGAGCCUUUGUAUUUUGGCUCUCACUAUGUUGUAUCUAGCUCAGCAGACCUCCGGAUAAACCCAAAGGAACUCAAGUUCUCCUACCAGAAGUCAGGAGAGCUGCUGCCCUUUGUGGAAGUUUAUCUGAGGAAAAAAGAAAGGGUGUAUCUCAGCUUGAAAAAGAAGGAUGGUCUUUGCUCUGUUUGGGAUAUCUGGCUAGAACCAGAGGAAGUGCUGAUACCGGAAGAUCAGCAUGUGUCUGUUAUGGGAACCAGAGAAGCAGCAAGAGCAGCAUCAAUCAAACUACUGAAGACCAACCGUGAUCACCUAGAGGGAAUCCUGGAGAACUUGGAAAAGCAGGAGAUGAAGAAGUUCAAGGUCAAACUCAAUGAGUUCCCAGUGAAGUGGAACUUCAAGAACAUCCCCAGAGGGGAGCUGGAGGAUGCGGACGCCUUGGACCUCAGUGCAAAAUUGAUCGAGUACUAUACUGAAGAUUAUGCUGUUGAGGUGGCCAUCCAGGUGCUGAAUGCUGUCAACCUCAAGCACCAAGCAAACAGGCUCUCCUCUGAUGUUGGGACUGACUAUUCAGAUCUGAAACAAGAAGACAAAAUUCAGCAAGAACCAGAACAAGAGGAGAAACACCUUGCCGAAGAAAGAAGUCAAGCAUUGAAGAAUUUUCUCUCCAAAUUAAAGUUACAGAAGCAAAAAGAUAAAGGACUUUCCCUGAAAGAAGUUCUGGAAAUAAGUUCAGGAAGCCUAAAGGAAUGCACCCUUCAUACAUUAGGAGACUUGCCUUUGCAAUUUCUGAGGAGGGUCUUUGCUUUGAAUAUAACAGCCAGGGACACAGCUCUUGAGCAGGCAACGCUGGAUGGCCAAGGAAGAAAAAUAAAAGGGAAGGAAAAGAUGAUUGAUGAGGGAAUUGUUUUUACUAACGAGUUGGCUGAGAGAAUUUCUGUGAACCCCCUUGACGUCCUUUGUGCUGUUCUGCUUUGUUCAGAUAGUUGCCUCCAACAGGGGAUCUUCUCCAAAAUGUCCAUGUGCCAGUUUGCUCUGCCUUUGCUUCUGCCUCCCUUGGAGACUCCCAAGUGCACUCUGAUGCUCUGGGCCAUGAGAGACAUUGUGAAAAGAUGGAGGCCCCAUUCCCUGGCUGAAAGCAGAGGUUUUAGAGAAGAGAGCCUGGUGAUGACCUCCAUGCCCACCAUUUCCUUUGUGCGGAUGGGGAACUUGGGACUUUCCAAGUCCAAACUCCUCAAUUUGUUUCUCAGUCCCUCCCAACAUCACCACAAUUUCUUCAUCCACCAAGACAUGGAGAGUGGGAACGUCCCUCGAGAAAUUGCUGAUGGGCUGGUAGAGAUGGCCUGGUACUUCCCUAGAGGGCAGAAGAGCUCAGAUCUUUUCCCUGAGCCACUUGCAGUUGCAAACCUCCGUGGGGAUGUUGAACACCACUGGGUGCAGUUUAGCUUCUUAAUAGAGGCCUCCUCUGCUGUAUUUAUAUUUGCUAAAACCAUUGGGAAGAGAGAAUAUAUCCACUUGUCGUCAUUGAAAGCAUUCUCAACUCAGUGCUACUUUAUCUUAGACUGUGAUGACAGACAACUAAACGAAAGUUUAGAUGUCUUAAAGAAAUUGAUUCCAGGGUUUCAUUUCAACGAAUCACACAUUCUAUCAAAAGCUGCCAUGAAAAAUGAAGCAGAAUUUGUGGGAAAGCUACAGACUACUGUUGGAAGGUUAUUCAGUGCUGAGACCCAUCCCAGGAGAGUGAGUGUAGAAGAGAUGGCUGCUACGGCCCAUAAGGUUACAAUCCAGGUGGAUGAAAACAGCAAAGAAUGUCAGAAUGCCCUCCAAUGUGCUCAAAAAAUUACACAGGGCAUAAAAGAUGUAGCACUUUAUAAGAAAGAUAUGUUGAAACUCCAGGGCAACCUCUGGAAAAGCCUGACAAAAGUGGAGAAAGAAUUGUGUAGAAUGAAAAGACAAGGAGACACACUUUCAGAAAAGUACAAAUCAGAACUGAAUGGAAGAUUAUUGGAACUGCGUAAACAGCAGGAUGAGUGUAACCUCUCCCCUGGUUUAGUUGAUUUCAUUGAUGCAAUAAAACAUUUGAGUUGCACAGAGAAACAAUACUUCUUAAAAUGGAUGAGGUUAAUCCUGAAUCAGAUCACUAGGGGGAAUCUUUCUAGAUUACGGGCGGAGUACAAAGAAAAAUCCAAGACUUUACGAGAUGAUCACACGAAGAUGUUGGAGGCAGACAGACAGAUAUCUUCCUGUUCUUUGGAGGUUGAGCACUUCAUGCGUAAAUUGGGUCAGACGUAUGAGGCUGAAUGCUCAAGGCUUAAAGAGGGCAAAUUAGCGGAAACUCAAAGGCAGUUUGCCUGUUUCCCAAGCAUUGCAGCUAACCUUUUGCUGGAAGGGUUUCCUCUAGAGCUGAUUGAUGGAGAUGCUUACAGUAUCCCCCUGCAGUGGAUAACUGAUGUUCUGACUGAACUCCAUAACCAGCUUGGAGGUCGAUCCAAAAUGGUGGUGAUCACUGUGCUGGGGGUGCAGAGCACUGGGAAGUCCACCCUCCUCAACACCAUGUUUGGCCUGCAGUUUGCUGUCAGCAGUGGCCAAAGUACACGAGGCGCCUUCAUGACGCUUCUUAAUGUCGGUGAAACCAUGACUCAGGAGCUUGGCUGUGAUUUCAUCCUGGUGAUAGACACUGAAGGACUGAAAGUCCCUGAAUUCACCACAUUGGAAGAAAGCUAUCAACCUGACAAUGAGUUGGCCACUCUAGUGAUUGGGCUGAGUGACAUCACAAUAGUGAACAUGGCCAUGGAGAAUGAAAUUAAGGACCUCUUGCAAAUUGUGACCCAUGCCUUCCUCAGGAUGGAGAUGGUUGGGCAAAAACCCAACUGCCACUUUGUUCAUCAGAACGUCAGUGAUGUCUCUGCUCAUGACAAAAGCAUGAGGGACAGGAAACGCCUUUUGGAACAGCUCAAUGCAAUGACUCAGGCUGCAGCAAAAAGGGAAAACAUGGACAGAGAUAUCAAGUUUUCAGACAUCAUGGACUAUGACCCAGAAUUGCACAACUGGUAUAUCCCAGGUCUGUGGCAUGGAGUCCCACCCAUGGCUCCAGUCAACAGGGGCUACAGUGAAAAGGUCUUUGAGUUAAAGAAGUACUUAUUUGAAUGCAUAAGGUACCGCUCAUAUAAAAGGACGCCCAAGAACAUUCCAGAUUUUAUUGAGUGGGUGAAGAGCCUGUGGAAUGCUGUGGAACAUGAAAAUUUUCUCUUCAGCUUCUGAAACAGCCUCAUAGCAGAAAGCCUAUAACCUUUAAAUGCACUGAAUGGUACUGAAGUUUCUACAGAUAGAUGCAUGUUUGAUUAUCGGAGGAGGAAACUGUGAUAAGGAAUGUUUCCCUUGCUGAGAUUCAUUAGGGUUUAUUGAAACAUGAGUUUCAAAAAACAACAACAAAACAACCCUGUCAUGUGGAGAAAAACUGAUUUUGAUUAGUUUGGAGCAAUACUUUGGAGCAGCAAUUGUGCAUCUUGUUUAAAAAAAAAAAGUACAGAGAAGAUUUUGUUAAAGAGUGUCAAGGGUCUGAAGCAUGAACUUUCAGAUAUGUGUACACCCAAACAGGAAUAGCAUUGUGUAAGUACAACUGUGGCUGAUAUUCAGACUGGUGCUAUGACCAGAUCUUAGUAUUAAUGCUUCUGAUUACUGGAAGUUUGUUUUUAAAGAGUUCCAUCAUGACUUUGCGAGAGACUACAAUACUAAACCGGCAGAUUUUGCAUAUAAAUGGAACAUAUAAGAAAGAACAGGCACUGGAAGAGAGACACAGUAUGAAGUUAGCAGCAUAACCAUGACAGAGCCUGUCUUAAAGAACAGUAAACAGAAGAGGUUUCAAUCAAAAUGUGGCAUUCAUGAAUCAUGUACCAAUGUUAACAAAUAAGUGAUUUCUCUGUGAAAAUCUCAGGUGCCACAUGCAACUGUCAAACAUAACAUAGCCCCACGUGUUAUGGCAGAGUUGUAUGUCAAAGCUAGUGAAACAAGUGUUUAUUAUGAUAAACGGAAAAUGUCUUACUGCAAAGUAAUGCUAACAUAUUACUGCCAAAGUACACAUUUCCAAUUCUCUUGAACCAUUUAAAGCUGCUCUGCCAGAAGUGGAUGAGGAAAAUGAAGCUGCUGACAUUGGUGCUUUGGGGACUUGGCAGAGAGUGAACGUGGACCUUCCUCUUCCAAGGGCAAGGUCACGGCUGGCCUGUACACGAGACAGACUGAGGUGGUCACCUAGGGCAGGGGUUCCCAACCUCUGGUACUCCAGAUGUUGCUUGCUGAACAACAACUCCCAUCAUCCCCAGCCACAAUAAAUGGUAGCUGGGGAUGAUGGGAGUUGUAGUCAAAUUUUUAUUACAGCCAAUAACCAGCUUCAUAUAGUGAAUAAUCAUUAUAUAAUAACAGCAACGAUAGUAACAGUAAUAUCAGCAAAGCAAGGAAUUGUGCAUACAGAAUUAGUUCAGCAACAUCUUGAGCACCCACAGGUUGGGAACCCCUUCUUCAGGGCACCAAAACUUGAGGGGUUUGCCCCACCCGCUCCAGUGAAGAGCCAUAGUGACUCCCAGUGGUGGCUGGAGUGUGUGUGUGUGUGUAAGCAGAUUAUACCUUUAAAAAUCUGUAAAAAUGUCCCACCUCUGCUGCCCCCCUGUGCCACUGUCCUGCUCUGUGUGGAGUCCACCCCAUUAUGUGCUCUGCCUCUCAGCUGGCCGAAGCGCAUGUAUGGUGGCAAAUCUCUGGUUUAUUUUUAAAUCGUUAAAUUGUUUUUAGUUUUUUGUAAUGCUAUUGUAAACCGCCCAGAGACGGUUUGGGGCAGUGUACAAAUUUAUUUAUCUAUCUUUCUAUUUAUCUAUUUAUUUAAUAGAUAGAUAGAUAGAAUGAAUAAAUUUGAGGAGCCAGCCCAGUAAAAGAAAAACCUUGCUGGACUGAUGCCUCAAAUGCUCGCCAUGUGGUGGGUUGGACUCUGAGUGGAGCUUAGCAGUGGCAUGAGGGGGUGCAUCAGCAGUGGCAGGACACCCUAUGACAUUUAAUUUUAAAGGGGUCGUCUGCUUCUUCAGUGCCCCAGCCAGCAUCAAGCCACCAAGUAUGACUUUGGCAUCCUGUGCAUAUCCAGUUACACUUAUAUUCUGUAUGGUAGGAAAAGGUUUAUUUGCAUCCAGGACCCAGGUUUUCUUCUCUCGUUCUAUGUCUGGAUGUUUUGAAUUCUGCUGCGUUUUCAAGCAGCUAGUUUUGUGUGUUUGUAUAUGUUCAGCUCGUCUGGCUCCCUUCAUAAGAAUGUGGAUGUCCAUCCUCUUCCCUCUUUUCUCUCUCUGUCCUUAACUCCAGAGUUAUCUGCUCUUUUAUGAUAUUAUAAACUGCUGUUGUAAACUGGAAUCUUAAAGGAGCUUGUGGCGAUCACACUCAAAACAGACUUCUUUGGACAAUAUCCCACAUUCUUCUUCCUCUUUUUCUAAGCUAAUGCUUUCUGUCUAUUGGUGUUAAGAGUUAAAUUUGUCAACAAUGGCCAUUAGGAGUGGCAAAAAUCUAUGUAUUGGUGGAUUGAUAUAUUUUUCACAAGUUGUCCCCAUUUUUUGGAAACACUUGCCCAAAAAAAGUAAUAAAAGGAUGGUCAGAAGAUAUCA